ACAUUGAAACCAAGCCUUUGGACACUGAUUCUGUAAUCAUUCCAUCGAUUCCGUCUACGAACUAACUAAACACUGGGAAAUUAUCAAAUCACUGUAUUUCACAAUUCUAUUUCAAUGAACAGCUAUAUAUUUACUAUGUCUGCUCUGGGGAAUUCUCAAACGGCUAUAUCAAUGCAGCUUUUAUGUUGGAUUCGCGAAGCGUGACACGGCGAAUUCCCGGUGUUUAUUUCACCUUACAAAUGGACGUAAUUUUCCCUCCCAUUCACAUUGAUAAUGAAAAUGGAGGACACAGUCGUUUUCUUGAUUUUGUUAAUUGUGUCAGUUCGUGCUGCCAGUCACGAUUCAGUGCAUCAGUUAUCGCAAAAAAUACUGAGUGGUUACAAAAACAUGGUUAGGGGAAGCGAGGAUCUUUCACAAAGAACGUAUGUUGACUGUACAUUUCAGAUUGUGCGGAUUGUUGAGUACAACGAAGUGAGCGGGAAACUCGCCAUCGCUGGCUUUUUCUUUCUUCAGUGGCAGGAUUACCGCAUGAAAUGGGACCCAGAUCAGUACGAUGGAACCAGGGACAUUAUGUUUCUGACCAAGGAUGUCUGGACGCCAAACAUAUUUUUGACUACUGCUCACAGCAACUUCCGGAAACUCGGUGACGACGAUUUGCCCGUCAGAUUCGAUUCAGAAGGGAAAUCGUUCUGGUAUCCGGCGGAUGUUUUCACCUGUUCUUGCACACCAGAUAUUUACUAUUUUCCGUACGACACUCAAGAAUGUGUCAUAUUUUUCAGUUUUUGGGCAUAUGGAUUAAACGAAGUGGGAUUUCGCACUUUAUUUCGAGAAGUCAACACGAAUUAUUAUUCCGAGCAUGGGUUAUGGAACCUCACGAGCACUUCUACUGGGGUUUUGGAGAGCGAUACAGUUAAUGCUUUCGUUAUCGAACUUACAUUAACCAGAAUGCCAACCUUCUAUCUUAUCAAUAUGAUUCUUCCUAUCAUUAUCAUUGGCUUGUUGAAUAUUUUUGUCUUCCUUCUGCCUGCGGAAUCGGGUGAGAGAGUCAGCUACUCCAUCACAGUUCUUCUCGCCAUAGCAGUCUUCCAGACCAUGGCUUCCGACAAACUACCGUCCGUCUCCCGUCCUCAGGUUUCCCUGCUCUGCAUCAAGCUUCUGAUAGAUCUACUUCUCAGCGUUUUAGUGACGACACUCACCAUUGUUUCUCUGUAUUUUUACGACAUGCCAAAAUCUAGGAGAGUACCUGUGUGUGUGCGCGCCAUCUGUAGCGCGAUUCUAUGCAGAAGAUGUUGCUCGAAAAAGAGUCAAGACCGAUAUGAAAAAGAGGAAACAUACGAGAUUUAUAAAGUUGUUAACGGGCAGAAAAUUACAGCUUCGAUUUCUCUAAGCAACCACCAUACGUCCGAAGUUACGGCGUCGGAGAACAAUGACAUCACCUGGUCCGAUGUGGGCAGGUGCAGCGAUAUCGUUUUCUCUAUAUUCUCCUUGUUAGCAUUCUUUGCUUCCAAUCUUGCAUUUCUUUUACUUGUAAAGGUUUGACAUAUGCAAAUUAAGAAUGUUGUAGUUAACAGUUAGAUUUUGAAAUACACGUGUUCAGACUCUGUACAAUCGUUUCAACGGCUAGAAAAUUGGAAUUGCUCAGGAUGUUAAUAUUAUUGUGUUGCAUGAGUAGCGAUAAAGUAUAAUUAUUUGUUGCAUGAUAAAGUAUAUUAUUUGUUGCAUAA